CAACAAUAUAUUCAAUAAGUAUAUUUAUUGUCUGAAUGCAAUAGUAAUUGUCCAGUAUGUGCGUACUGAAACUAAUUGUUUUACCUCUGGUUUGAGAUCUUAAAGAAUAUGGAUGACUGUGGCUCUAGAAUAAAACAGCUUGAGAAACUAUUUUCAGAAUAUCAGAAACGUUUACAUCUGGAAAGGGAUAGCGAUUUUUCUGAAGUGCACAGUUUUGGACCUUUUAAUUUCCAUCAAGAACAUAACAAAAUCAAAGGAUUGCUAAAUGGUGUUUACUCUCGAUGCAAGCAAUGGAAGUCCUUGGGAAAUUCUAAACAUGCUGUUAAAACAUUUGUAGAUCGUCAGAAGCAAGUGAAACAAUCUUUGCCUAUAAAAACAUACAUAGCUGAAUGCCUGGAUAAAAUCCAGGGAGUUAUCAGAGAAAACAACUUGACUGUCACUAAAGACCGUUUGAAAUUGGUAACAGAGCAAGUUGGGUUAAAAUUUGACGUCAGUACAACAUACACUGAAUGUUUUAUCAGCUCAGACAUGUUUUACGUUGAGGUACAGCUAGAGGAUAGCGGGAAUGUUUUAGAAGUUAAAGUUCAACACGGAGACCUUCCACCUGUGACAUGCGCAGCAUUGACCUCUAUCCUAAGGCGUCGUGAUUACAAUGAAUUUCUUAAGCACAUGCAAGGACUGGCUAAUUUAUAUCAACUUUCUGGUGAUGCAUUCCAAAAAAGUAAAAUACUACAAGCUUUAGAUUCUCUGGAAAAGGAUCUUGAAAAGAUUGCGUGCUCUGACGGCGGAAAACUAUUCGAAGAAAGUGUCCUUGCCGGCCCAGUGGGUUUUCUUACUCCAAGACAAGGAGGUCAGCUAAUGCAUCUAACGUAUUUUGCUACUCCAUUGGAGCUGAGAAAUGAAAACGUUUCAAAAAUUAACGAAAACUUUGACUUGCACUCUCUGGUUCUCUCAAAGUUCGGGCGGUCUUUAUCCAUAUCUCUUGAGCAAAGCAAACCGAGAUUGUUGCCCACAAGCUCACUUUUAUCUGACGAAUAUUCCCCUGAUCAAGGAGGGAAUAUGUACCUGUCUAUCAACGAAACUAACAGCGAGGAACUUCCAGCAAGCUUUGUAAUGCAUCUCGACAGACCUUUGGUUGUAUCUGCUGCAAUACUCGAAAAAAUUCACUCGACUUUAGAAAAUUUCAAGGGUGGUAUGAAAACAUAUUUUCUGCUUUUCUGUAUUCGGUGUGCGCAUUAUAUUUACAGCAUCUACGUACUCUCUUCGGCAGAGAAAUUCGUUCAGCGCUCUAAAGCGUUUUUGGACUGUUUAAUUAUUAAGAAGUGGCUGAAGGAAAAGAAAUUGCAGUACAACUCAAAAAUGGCUUAUCGUCAGAAACUGCCUGGAGAAGAACACGUUUAUCGUAUUUCAGAAAAAGAUCUCCAAGGAAGUCUGUCUUUAAACAGUAAUGUCGGCGUGGUUAUUUCAAGAAUUCCCUUCACGCAUUGUCAAAAUGUUGUAAAGAUCAUUCAGCUUCUUCGUCAACAAUUGGUUUAUAAUCAUAUAUUGACGAGUGUUCUAUCGUCAGAACAACUCGACGAAACUGCUAACUACCAAGAUUACACUGGUCCUUGCUUUGAUGUUAGUACUUCUAGUCCUCUGGUCGUAGUGAUUACCUUUGAAGAUCCUAUAGCUGCAUGUCUAGCUUCAGUUGAAUUUCAAGUGAAGCCAGACUGUAGUAUAGCGGUUCGAUUUAACCCUCGUAAGAGCGCUUUUUACGACUGUGGAUACGUCUCAAGGGUUAUACAAAAAUGUCUGUCGAUUCCGGUGACAAUGAAAUACAUUUUCAAGAACGCGAGAAAAAUGCAAGCAAAUAACGAAACCCCCAUGGUUGUUGAUGUUGUUGACCAAACAGAUUCGUCGACGUAUGUAGAGCGACAGAAAAUGAGCUCGGCACAGAUCUCAAAUCAAACCAGUGCAUAUAAUCUUUUAGCAUCUAUGAUAGCAAAUACUGGCGCAACAAUGACGCUACCUGCUGUAAGUACAGGCACAGUUGGUCUCCCUCUUCCAUCUCUGUCGCCUAGCUUACCAAGCAUCAUCCAAACGCCUUCGUCUAGUACUGCUCCUGGUUUCCCUUACGGAUUUCAACCUCCCUCAACUCCCCGAGAACCGUUCAACUACUUGGACAAUAUGUCCGUUACCAGUAAAGAACUUGAUGUGAAUAUCCAGCAAGCCGCACCACCUAAACCUCCUCCAAUAAAGUUGAAGAUCAAAAAAGUUGCGAGCAAUUACAUCAUCGAAACACCAAAUAGUAGUAAACACGAGUUGCAACCAAUCGCUGAUAAUAACGUCACGACCUCCAGUCAGUUUAACUUGCCUUUCAAUUCUGGCAUUCUGGCUGCUGACGGUACCGAUAUGAUUUCGGGUGUAACCUUUGAUCAAAGCGGCAGUUUGGACCGUCUUAUUUCGACUGCUCCCGAAGAUGAACGAAUGGGCAUGCUACAUCCGGAUUCUGUUAAUUUUGCCGAAGUUGAAAAUGAGCCGUUUUUAGCUAGCGCAGUCACUUCGGAUGUUUCUGAGAUGGCUGGAGUAUCCGAUGUCGAGGGUAUCUUUCAAACACUCCCUGGAGGUGCAUCCAAUUCACCUGGCUCCUUACAUGUUGAGGAUACGUACGGAUUUGAUACUGCUUUAGACCCAACAUUUGAUAUAGAUGCAGAAAUGGAAGUUGCAGAUGUAGCUGGUUUGUCCUCUGAUUCAUCAACAUUUGACAUCAGUAAUGUCUACGAACCAGGAGCGUCAACUUCAACUGCUACUGGUAUUGAUGAUAAUACGUUCGAAAUUGACCCAGCAUUUGAUUUGGAUACGUUGCUGGCUUCGGGAUAGCAGGCGUACGAAUGAUAUCUAAUUGCUGAAGCAGAUAAGUUGAAAAUCGGAAAUCAUUUGUACAAAUCAGUUAUGUAUUCUCUGAUAGUGUCAUCAGCCUAAUAAUGGCGUCCGUAUCGUAAAUGAAACUAAUUUAAACUGAGUCAGGGGUGAUAUCUUGGCUUAUACUAGAGUGAAGAAUGGGCGGCAAAUAUUUAGAGUAAUCGCACAGGAUGUGGUGCAAUUAUUGAUUUACAUAAAAAAAUGAUAUAUUGAUUAUGCGUAUUGAGUAUACUUCGAUAAUUGUUCAUUUAGUUUAGCAUUUCUUGCAAAACCUCGACCCUACCAGCACUUUUUUGUGUAUGUUGGUUUUUUUUAUCAAUUAGACUGUCCCUCUUGUUUUCUUUUUCAAAAUUACCAAUUGCACUCUUCUUAAUGAAUCAAUAACCAGAACAAGCAGAUAACAUCAGAAAAUCAAAAUAAAGUAAAUUCCGAAUGUAGGCAUUCCAUUUUCUUGAUAUUCAAGAUGAGAAGCUGUCUCUGUAUCAAAACUCUUGUUUCUCAUGUUGAAUAUCAAGAAAACGAGAUGUCUACAAUAUAUUUGAAAAAUGUUUUAUUUUGUACUUAAAUAAAUUUUAGUUGCUAUUUACACGAAGUUGUAUAUAACAUCGAUAGCUAUCCAUCAACUUUUAUACAUUCUAUACUUUGUGUAUACGUUGACCUUUUUCAAUGAAAAAGUAAUUAAUGUGAGAACGAAUUUAAAACAUCUUAUUAAAAAAAAUUAUUUGUGAACUUUCAAGAGAUAAA